AAAGAAUAUCCUCACAGCUGAUAACAACGUGCCGAAAUAGCUUGUAGUUUGAAGGCACGUAAACUAAAGUCAUUCGCAUCUCUACCUCCAGUCAGAUAUCGCCAGCAGAUUAUUCAAUUCUCAACACGUGUUGUCAUGACCUCUCUAUUUCCACAUCUGACCUCUGUCCCCGCUAGUAUGGGAAAGACCGAAACUUUUCUUUUCACUUGGCGACGUGACGUAAUCUCUGUCCACUCCCAGUCUUCCUUCCACCACAUCUUUCUCCCUCUUUUUCUCUAAUAACGUCGAAGCGUUACCGACGGGCUAAGUCAGGGGGUGACAAGCAGACUUAUUAUAAAAUCACCCGUUCUCUAUAUCUUCCUUUCUUCUUUCUUCACACCUUCUCUCUCUCACACCCACUCUUACCCUACCUCCACCCCUCUAAGUAAUGCAUAGUGGGAGAAACAACAAACAGAUUAUUAAUAUAGAUAUUAUUUUAUUGCUUACACAAAACGAGUUCCGCGGUUUUAAAUACGAAACUCCCUCUAAAGCUAACUCCGUUUAUCCUCUUCCCUAUUUCAUGACAUUACAUUGUCGAGUGAUUUGCUUUAUAACAACAUCUUACAUUAGUUAUAUGAUGUUACAUAUUACAUUAAAUUGUACUAACUUUUUGCGUUUUAUAAAAUUAUGAGUACGAAACUAGUAAUACUAACUCUGUAUGUCACCCCCCCCACUCCGUUUGGCUUUGUUGGCAUUAUUUGACAACAACUUGUUAAUAUUAAUUAUAAAAUGUUAUAUAUUUUAUUAAAUUGUAUUUACUUCAUUACAAUUUAAUCAUACCAUCGACAAAUUAUAUUAAUAUAUAUAUAUAGAAAUAGUUGGUUGAGAUAACAUCUAACUCUGUUGUCCCAUCGAAACCUCUUUAAUUAAACACCAAAUGUAAUCCUAUCAUCUGAGUAUCACAUGUAAUUGGCAUCAAAGCAUCAUUUCCAUCAGAUGACAUCAUCAAUAUUCAUCACUUUUUAAAGACUGAAAGAAAAUGUUGUACAGAACAGAUUUGAUAACUCCAGAGAAUUCCAGUGAAAUAUUUCUUCUCAACUGAGAUUGAUAAGAACAUUUCUCUUCUGCAAUGUUUGGAUUAUCUUCAAGAUUAUUUUGUACUGAAGUUGAACUUGGAUAAUUUUAAAAGGAAUCUCUGAGUAUUUUCAGACAUUAAUACAGUUGAUGGAAAGAGAUGAAUAGCAAUAUUCGUUAGGAAUAAGCUGUAGGACAAGAACCAAAACUGUAUCUACUUACGUUGUGGUGGUUGAAGUAAGAUAAGAGACAGAUGGACUAUUAAAGAUAGUUGAAGAAUAUAUUUUUAUUCUAAAGAGAUGUCACAAGAGAAACCACAAUCAGCAUAUCACUGCAAUGUCUGUAACAAGUCUUUUGCUCAGAAAUGUAAUCUAAAUAUUCAUGAACGUAUUCAUACAGGGGAGAAACCAUUUCAGUGUGAUAUCUGUGAUAAAUCAUUCUCCCUAAAUAGCAACUUAACUAAGCACAAACGUAUUCACACAGGAGAGAGGCCAUUUCGCUGUGAUAUCUGUGGUAAAUCAUUCCCUGAUGCUAAUACUCGAACUACUCACAUACGUAUUCAUACAGGAGAGAGACCAUUUUGCUGUGAUAUCUGUGGUAAAUCUUUCUCUGUAAACAGUACCUUAACUACUCACAAACGUACUCAUACAGGAGAGAGACCAUUUCACUGUGAAAUUUGUGGUAAAUCAUUCUCUGUCAACAGUAGCUUAAUUACACACAAACGUAUUCACAUGGGAGCAAAUCAAUAUCACUGUGAUAUCUGUGGUAGAUCAUUCUCCCUGAAUAGCCAGAUGACUGUACACAAACGUAUUCAUGCUGGAGAGAAGCCAUUUGACUGUGAUAUCUGUGGUAGAUCAUUCUCUGGAAGUAGUCACUUAAAUAGACACACACUGAUUCACACGGGAGCGAAGCCAUUUCACUGUGAUAUUUGUGGUAAAUCGUUCUCUCAGCGUAGCAUUUUAACUAUUCACAAACGUGUUCAUACAGGUGAGAAGCCAUUUCUCUGUGACACCUGUGGUAAAUCUUUCUCUGAAAAGAGCCACUUAACUAGACACAAAAUGAUUCACACAGGAGAAAAGCCAUAUCCCUGUGAUGUCUGUGGUAAAUCAUUCUCUCGAAAUAGUGACUUGACUAGGCAUAUAUCUAUCCAUAUAAAAGUGUAACUAUAUCAUUGUCAAAAUGCAUUGCACUUCAUAGCAACAGGCAACAUUUUAAGACCUUUUUCCCCCCUCUGAUAAAUCCUGACUUAGUCCUGUGGUCUUAACACUGAUCUGUAAAUCCUCCACUAUAAUCAUGGUUAUUCAAGGUACUAUUUUCAAGUCACAUUCUCCGUUUAUAGCCCUUUUAAAAGAUAAAAUGACAUGAAUUCCAGUUUUAUUCUGAAACUGGAUACUGGUACUAUGUCAAAAUUGAUUCUAAAAAUAUUUGUUUUAUGUCACCAUAAAUAGAAAAUAUCCUCUCUAACCAUUGAUGUGGUCACACAGGACAGAAGAUGUAGCAGUAUAUGAGAGCAUCCGCCCAAAUCUAUAUAUUAUAUAUACAAGCAUGCCUUGCAUUACAGCCACCUCAGGUUACUGGAUUUCAUGCAUACUGAAAUUGUAAUGUAUGACCAUAAAUUUUGGGAUACGGUCUCUAAUUUUGCUCUAAUGUAAACUCAUGUUAACUCAUCGUUAGCAAUUUAAAACUGCACUUUGCAGAAUGGUCACUUGUAUUGUAAUUAAGAUCAAAGUAUAUAGUUAACAAUUUAAAAUAAGUAUCAUCACAUUACACUCAUAGAUGCACACUAUAUUUAAUGACCAUAAUGUGAGUAUAUAUAUAUAUAUAUAUAUAUAUAUAUAGUCUGUUAAAGUCUGUCAUACCGGCCAUGACAAAGGGAAAUAGCCCUGAAACUCGAGUCGCCUUUAUAUAUUUAUAUUUAUAUAUUUGAUCCUUUAUAUUGAACACUCAAUAUUUCAUCUACAUUCAAUACUUUAUUUCAUGGUGCCAUCCAUUUUUAUUUUAUUUUAUUUUAUAUUAUAUAUUGUACAUUAUAUUAUAUAUUGUAUAUUCCAUAUUCUAUACCCCACAUUGGUUCUGCAGGAAUAUAAAUAAAACAUAAAAAACA